GCUUGCCAUCUGGGCAAUGCUCUGCUAAUUAGGGUUCUUAGCGAUGGCGCUGUUCCAUUAUUCGUGCUUCCCGCGAUUGGGUUUAAGCGCCGCCACUCCCUCCUCCGCUUCCUCCUCUCGUCCGUUCUCCAGAUCGACGAUUGCCGUGGCAAUGGCAGCUGCUUCGGCGGUGGAAUCGCAAGAAUGCGGCGAGGCGGCGGCGGCGGCGAUCGAUCUCUCCAGGUACCCUAUUCCAGUGACGCCGCUGACAGGCGCCAAAGAGAUCGAGUACGAGAGGGCGCUGGUAGCGGAGGCGUCCAUGAAAUCCGGCCCCGCGAUCACGAUCGACGACGUCGUGUUCCAAGACGAAUGGAUCCUCGUCAUUAACAAGCCCUGUGGAGUCUACUCCGAGCACGUCCUCGUCUCAGUUCCAUCGCUCUUGGGAGAUUCCUACUCGCCACAGUACCCGAUCGAGAAGAGCCGGGGCUUUUUCCAUCUAGCAAAUCGACUAGACAGAGAUACCAGUGGGAUCAUCGUGAUUGCCAGAGACAAAGUUGCGGCAGGGAAGCUCACCAACAUUUUCAAGAGCCGGGAGCUGCGAAAGUCCUACGUUGCGCUUUGCGUCGGGAAAGCUCCCGAGUGGAAGAGAGCCGUGGUUGAAUCGGGGCAUGGCAAAUCCAGGAGAGGUUGCUGGCGAGUCUACUCCAAGCACGACGUAGAGAGGUCUCUGCCGGAUGGAUCGGUCGUCAAAGACAUGGCAACGAAAAUAGAAGUCAUCCCGAGCUCUCUGGAUGAAGUGAAAGACGGCGAAGAAGAUGAUCGAGAGCAGCGGAUCGUUGUGGAGGCGAAGAUGGUCGAUCCAGAGCCCGGCACCGGCGACGAAGUUUUCAUCCGAGCAGUGCCUCUGACGGGACGGACUCAUCAGAUCAGGCUCCACUGCCAGUUUCUGGGACUUCCUCUGGUCGGGGACGUCAAGUAUGGUGGCCCGCUACACUGGAACGGGGAGAAGUGCCAGAGCCAUUUCUUACACUCUGAGAGCAUAGCGUUCCAACAUCCCAUGACAGGAGAAGUGGUGGAAGUCAUUGCCCCGCAUCCAUCCUGGGCAGCCAAGUUGAAGUUCCAGGCCUCCAAGAACCCUAAAGUUUGAGUUUUGGA